GCGCCCCCUGCCGGGCUUGUGGUAAGCGUGCAGGGGCCGUGCUCAUAAUCUAGAUGACCUCACGCAAGCGAAGAGGGUCUGAGCGAGCCCAGCGGCGACUCCGAUUGGCUGGCUGGGGCUCAGCGGUACUUCAAAGCCAGAGAGGAGCUACAAUUGUGCUGGAAUGGGCGGACCCGAUCAUUGUAUUGCACACCUCUAAAAAAACACUGCUCUGAUUUAUACAUAUAAAAAAGAUCCUCUGAGGAGGGCACUUUUGUGAUGGCAACUUCUCUACUAGGGGAAGAGCCCCGAUUGGGAUCCACUCCUCUGGCCAUGCUCGCCGCCACCUGUAACAAGAUCGGCAGCGCCAGCCCGUCCCCGUCUUCUCUGUCGGACAGCUCUGGCUCUUUCGGGAAGGGAUUUCACCCCUGGAAGCGCUCAUCCUCGGGUAGCUGCACCUUGGGCUCCGGCUCUCUGUCUGGAUUCGGAGGUUCGUCCCGCGGCUGCUCCUCGUCCUCCAGCGCUGCAGCGGCGGCAGCGGCGGCGGCAGCGGCCGAGUCCUGGUUCAAGCCAUCGCACACCGGGGAUGUGGGCGCCGCGGCCGCCGCAGGGGGCGCCUCCAGCUGGUGGGAAGUCGGAGCCGGGUGGAUAGACGUUCAGACCCCCGGGGCAGGAGCAGCCCUACACCCAAGCACCUUACAGGGCUCAUUGCACUCCCCUCUGGGUGGCUACGGCUCAGAUUACACGGCAGCCGGCUUUGGACACUUCACAACCGGAGGAAGCGCUGGAGGGGGCGCUGGAGGGUGCGCAGGAGGUGCAGGAGGGAGCCCAGGAGGUCAUCUAUUAAGCCCAGCCGGGCAGCAUCUGAUGGACGGAUUUAAGCCAGUGAUUGGCCCCGGCUCCUACCCAGACCCCUCUUCUUCCCCCUUAUCCGCCGCCGGCUCCAUGCUGGCACCCAGCGGGCCCCUAGGAGGGUCACCCCGAUCCUCUGCCAGGCGCUACUCCGGCAGAGCCACCUGUGACUGCCCCAACUGCCAGGAGGCGGAGAGGCUGGGGCCAGCCGGGUGCAACUGGAUCUUCUGCGGCAAGAGGUUCACCCGCUCCGACGAGCUGCAGCGGCACCUGCGUACACACACGGGGGAAAAACGCUUCGCCUGCCCCGUCUGCAACAAGCGCUUUAUGCGCAGCGACCACCUGAGCAAGCACGUCAAGACUCACAGCGCAGGGGGAGGCGGAGGCCCCGGCACCGGGGGUCCAGGCUCAAGCAUUGUUCUCUGGACACUCCGAGGCUUCAGUCACAGCUUGACCUCUUUCUGCUUCUGA